AUGUCGCAAAGUCAAUCAGAUUUUCCCAAGGAUCAGACCAUUGAUCCUAAUAGCACUGUACAAACAGAGGGGGAAUACGACCUUGAGCCACUCAAGUCUUUGGACAUCGGACAUGGAAUUCAUCGGUACGUGCUUAAUCCUAAACGGGACGAAAUCAAAAAAGCACUGACUCUUCUUCCUACUCUCCGACCGUUCUACAAGAUAGCUAAUAACCAGAACAUUAGACAACGACGUGACAAUGCGCUUAGGAUCGCUGCUGUAGGAUUAAAGCGAGCGGAAUUAUCGCGUCUGAUGCCUCCACCACGAAAACUGUUCAAAUCUGUCUUUCCAAAGGAACUGUCAGCUUUGGAUACUCUGCUUUUCCAACAUAUCACAGGCACUCCAGCCUCGGGUCAAUUUGUGAGUGAAUCUGCUGUGGAAUCAGACCCUGUUCAAACAGUGCAUACUCUAGACUCACAAGGCUAUAUACAACUGAAUUACGCCUUGCUACAACUUCAGCAAGCUGCAAAAUCUUCCUUCCGACUCACCGGCAAGCGUCUCCCUGACCUUCCUUACUGGGGUGAUUUUGGGAAGGUCGGCUUGGAAUUUUACACAGAGAAUGACUUUGAAAUCAUUGCCAUUGCAUAUCGUGCACAAGUUGAGCAUUUUCUUACCCGAUUAGCGGAUGUACACGACUUCAAGACUAACGAGUUGAGAAAUGAUUCAGAACUAGCUGAAGAACACAUCAGGCUGUUUGGAGAAAUUGUCGAAGCUGCCAACCAGGACAUUCCUCUUCCUAUGGAAUCAAUAAGCAAUGCAGUACGUCAGCAUCGUACUAAACGUGUAACUAGUACUAAGGCAGCUACAGCCAACUCUUAUUCGGGAAUAGGAUCUUCAAGGAUCACUUCAUUACCACCACGCUCUACUUGUCGCCUCCAAGAUGUAUUUCCGGUAUUUAAUUUUGGGAAAAAUGUUGCUGAGGCUCCGGAUCCCGGCAAUGACUCAAGUAGUAAUGAAGAUGAUAGCGAGGAUGAGAGACCCUCAAGGUCACCUCCCAGGUUAAAGUGUCAAAUACCGGUGGCCACUUCUAUUGGUGCAGGUUGGAGCGAGGAACAGUUUGAUAUGAGACUCAAGCAAGACACCGUUCCAACAUGGGACGGUGACACUAAUACCAUUAUUCGCUGGAUCAAAAGAGUGAACGACUUAGCAAAGAAGUCACGGAAACUCUGUAAACAGCUGGGUAGUAUUGUUCCGAGGCGGUUGGAGGGUUCAGCUCAAUAUUGGUAUUACUCCCUUUCUUUAUCCCAUCGUGAUCACCUCGAAACUGACUGGGAACUGCUUCGAGAUGAAAUUGCAGCUUAUUACAUGAAUCGCCGCUGGAUGGAGACUAUGUGA